AUGAAAGUGGAGGGCGGAGUGGCAACGACGACGGUCCUCCACAAGGUCAAGGUCAAGGAAGAGACGAAGGAAUGUUGCGGCUACCAGCAGACCUCGCCGUCGUCCACGUCGACGGUCACCACCGCGACCGUCGCGACGCUUGCCGUUUCGCCCGCGACGGCGAUCACCACGACCGUCACCAACAGCAACGGCGUCUCCACCGUGAACGCGAAUCCUUCCACGACCACCACGGCGGUAGUCGCCGCCGUCACCGCCACCCCCGCUUUGCAGUCGUCCAGUAUUAUCUGUCAUCCACCGACAACCGCCUCCAACACUGUGGACUCCUUCCCAGUCGACCUCGAUCUCAAGGCUAAAAGUAAGGCAUCCUCGGUAACGCGGGAGAAGUCUUCGCGCGAGGAAACGGUCCAGCCUGAGGCGCAUUCACCUUCCUCUCAGCAGCAUCAAAGGAUCGGUCAACAGAAGCAAACAAACGGCCCUCGAUCGGAAUACAAAGGCGCAUCCGGUUGCUCUAGGUCUUCUGAUAACGACAGCCCUUUGCCUUCACAAUCGCUCAAACCUGAGCUCGAGGAGGCUGCUGCAGGUACUGCAAAUGCCGGGCUCAGGACGACGGACGAGCAGAGUGAUGGUGCCGUGUUAGCGAACGGCACUGCCGGUGCAUCCAGAUGCGUCAGUGGUAUCUUCGCAGGACACGGCAAGCUCAAAAGGUUGCUGGGCACUCUGGUGCAAUUCGCCACCGAUAUCUCAACAGACACGGGUGAUACGGUGCGCACGCUGGUACUUGCGCUUUUGAGCGGCAGCAUGACCGCGGAGGAGUUUCAUUCGGCGUUGCAGGAGGCAACCAAUUUCCCACUCCGAAGCUUCGUCUUGCCGUAUCUCAAGCACACCUUGCCCUCCCUGCAAAGGGACCUGAAUAACGCCGCCAGGGUGAAUAAUCAGAGCUGCGUGCAGUUUCUACGAUCCAAUGAGUCCGCCGUUCUUGAGGCCGUAGGGCUAGUACCGUCCGGCGAGUCCGUCGAGGUCUUUGGCGAGCAUGGGGGUGCGAAUGGGAUCAGCGGUGGUAAUCAGUGCUCCACUCAUUACGCUAUGCGCUCGAAUUCUAAUCCCGGCGCCAUUCAGCACGCGGUGGGCAGCAACGCCGCGGGCGCGUUGCACCAUUAUCCUGGUGUUGCUCAUGCACCGAAACGCCGUGCCUCCGACACCCCAUACUACGAGAAUGGUGUUCUUAUGGAUGAUACGCCGGUAUAUGGCAAGAGGUCUGUCAAUCCUUGGAGUCAUCAUCAACAGCAGCAGCAGCAGCAACAGCAGCAGGCGACGGACCCGUCCUAUUGCUGGUACCAUCCGUUGCACUCCUCGGGCGGAUCGAUUCAAGGUCACGCGCACGGCCAUGGUCACGGGCCGAGCCCGGUGCCGCCUAGUCUCGUGCAGAUUAAUCAGAUAAACGCGUUCUCCACGCCGCAUCAUUUGACUCAGCAGCCACAACAAUCAUUGGGUCACGGUUUACAAACGCAAAACGGUGGCAGUCUCGAUGACGAAUGGAAAAAUAUUCAUGUGAUGCUCAACUGCAUCCUCGGCAUGGUCGAGAAGACGAAGAGAGCAUUGGCGAUCCUUCAGCGACGAGGAUGCUCCAGCCCGGCAGCCGCGGCGCCACCACCAGGUGUGGUCGCGGCGCAGAACGGUACCAGCAAUAAUGGCAAUAAUAACGGCAAUAAUCCGUCUUCGACUAACGGUGUCCAAGUAGAGUCGUCCACUGGUGAUCGGGAUGGUGGUCUGAAGCGAUUAUCCGGUGAGAUCGUCGCGCAAACGAUCAGGGCGACUGAAGACAGGGUGGCCGAGGUCAAACGAAGAGCUGAGGAAGCUGUGUUAGAAGUGAAAAGGGCUGCAGUGGCGGAGGUGCAACGUGCCGUAGCGGUUGCGGUUGCAGAGUCGAGAGCGAACGAACGUUUGAGGGUACAUCGAUUACUGGAUAUUCCUCUGUCCCAAAGAAAUCCAGGCAGUCUCCGUCAGGGCCCUUUCCUGAGAAUUCACGGUAACUCAACCGCGGUUGAGGCCAGCACCAGGAAUGUUACGACGCCGACGACGACACCGAAUUCGGCGCCAUCGACCACUGAGGACGAAAAAGAUAUUCACCUCACUAGCAUGAUGGGAUCCAGCUGUUGGAAUUGCGGCAGGCCCGCCCUGGAGACCUGCGGUGGAUGCGGGAUUGCCAGAUAUUGCGGCUCCUUCUGCCAGCAUCGCGACUGGGAAGCUGGCCACCAUACGACUUGCAACAACUUGCCGCCGCGCGAAUCGCGAAGAUCAACCUCGCGCAGUCCACCAAGAAUCGCCGCCACGAAUCUCUCUACCAAUAUCAACGAAGUCGACGCCACGCCGGUGCCGUCUGCUGGGGUCUCGAAGGGAAAGUGA